AUGAACUCCCUUGUGCUUCAAUCUUUGAUUCCUUUCCUCGUGAUCACUUGCUUUUUCUCAAUCAAUCUUCCAUUCACUCUGUGUGCCGAUGAUCCUCAAUAUGCCUACUGCAGCCAGGCCAUCAACUGUGGCAACAUCCCUAACAUCUCGUACCCCUUUUGGGGAGUGAAUCGACCUAACUAUUGUGGCCAGCCCGGGUUCGAAAUCGAAUGCCAAGGCAAUGUCCCAAUGAUCAACAUGAGAAAUAUCAACUUCAGAAUUCUUGAGAUGAACUCUAGUAGUACAGAUCGGGCUGUUAAAGUUGCUAGGAACGAUUAUUGGAAAACUAUCUGCCCCAUUUCUUAUGUUAACACCAGCAUCGACUUUUCUCUGUUCAAUUAUGGUUCUGGGCUUCAGAACAUGUCUUUUUACUACGGAUGUAAUACUACUUCAAAUCCUACAGGGUUAAAUGUUUCCCUUGUUUGCAACAGUAGUGUCACUGUUUCCUAUCUCACACAAUCACAAACUAGUGGACUCCCGUUUAGUCCAGUUUCUACUGGGGCAUGCGAAAGUGAGGUUCUGGUACCGGUUUCCGAAACGGCUGUUUUGGCUCUCGAUAACAAUCAAACGACGAUCCAAGAAGCCAUCGAUGGGGGUUUCGUACUGGGAUUGAAGAUUGAUAAUAGUGCAUGCAACAAUUGUGAGGCAUCAGGGGGAAAGUGUGGGAUGAACACUACUGAUGGUGACUUUAUGUGCUUUUGCCAAGAUCAGCCCUAUGCUGCAACCACAUGCGGAAGUCGUAAAACAGGUACAAGUUCACCAUCACCUGGUUUUGUCACAGGUAACACCUGCAAGUUUCUUUGA